GUUUGAAGGAGGUGUGGCUGUUUAGUCUGAGGGGACAAGGAGCCGUGUCUGUUGUGGAAUUUGACCUGAGCUACAAGUUUCACCGAACACACGCAGGUCAAAAUGAAGAGUCUGGCUCUAUUUGUUGGACUCAUCUUGGUGUUUCUCUCGAGCCAAACAGAAGCCAAACAGACUAAGAAGCAGGGGCCGACAGUUUCUUCCCAAGGCACAGACUGCACGCAGAUCAAAGCUCUCUCUCCACAUGCAUCCAGUGGAGUUUAUGUAAUCCGCCCUCAUGGAGUCAAGACCCCGUUUAAGGUGUACUGCGAGAUGCAGGCAGAUGGAGGCUGGAUGGUGUUUCAGAGGCGCAGCGGAGGAGAGGUUUCCUUCGAAAGAAAGUGGGCUGCAUAUAAGAAAGGUUUUGGAAACCUGACACACGACCACUGGCUCGGACUGAAGCAGGUUUUCACUGUGACCAAGGAUAAGACCAAGACGUGGACCAUGAGGGUGGAUAUAGCGGACCACAAAGGGGUCGCCGCCUUUGCAGAGUAUAAAAACUUCAGACUGGGAAAUGGGAAGAAAGGUUUCAAACUGCAUGUCGGGGAAUACAAAGGAGACGCAGGUGACGCCAUCCGUGGUGCAGACGGAGAGGUUGACCAGAACGGCUACGGUUUCAGCACUUUUGACCGUGACAACGAUGGCUGCUCACCGUGCAUCUUUGGUGACAUUGCUCAAGACCAAUGUACCAGGGUAGAGGGCGGCGCCUGGUGGUACAGCCAAUGUGGUUCUGCCGGUCUGAAUGGUCACUGGCAUCCUUUUGGGGAUCACAUUGGCUACGGCAGCGGCCUCCACUGGCGAACCUGGAAUUCUCACAGGAUGUAUUCGGUGAAGACCAGCAGGAUGAUGAUCAAGGCCACACAUGUUUAACUUCAUGCUGGAUUUUGUUGCAGCCCAGCAAGAUUGGUUUUAAGUUUUAGUACAAAAGUGUCUCUGUCUUUUAAUGUUGUUUAUUCUUUCCAAAUAUCUUCAAAUAUGUCGACAGCUCAGAAACUGCUAAAUGUUAAAAUACAUAUUUAGCCACAAAUGAUUGAAUCUGUUGCUAGAGCUAUGAGCAUCAUCUAUUUACAGAAAUCCCUAAAAUUACAGCAAUUUCUUUGUAAUAGAAACGUCACUCGUCUGAUCUUUUAAUAUUUUGAAAGCAUGGAAAUCAGGAAUUUAAAUUGUAAUGUAAAAAAAAAGUUACUUUGUUGUUGUUUUCAGUGAACUGAGAAUUGUAGUUCAUUUAAUGUAACAAAAUCGAUAUGUAAGGAGCAAUUCGAGGCAAUAGCAGUGCUGCCAAGUCACAAAGUGCAUUUCUGUCAUUAUGAAUCAUGUAUGCGCAAACAGCCAUUAAAGGCUUUUGGGUAACAAUCACA